GUGCAGAGGGGGCGUGGUUUGUGAACUACCUGCAGCAGGUGUGUUCGGGUUCCCAGCUGCUCCUCAGUCGCAGUGUUUCCCGCUGCGGGUGCGUUUGAUUCUCAGCCCCGAUCGGCCGGUCAGAACCUCAGACCUCACCUGAGCCACCGGAAGUGAGCUGUGUUUUCUCCAGCGGCUCGAACUCAUUUUCUCUUCCACCGAGAUGAGCUGCCCCACCGGCGGGUAAAUGUAACGUGAUGUCAGGAGGCGCGGGGUCAGAGUGCCGUGCUCACGUCGUCCCUGCCGCUGGAGGAAGUGAGGUUUCUCCUGGAGAGGAAGUGGAGGACAUGGAGCUGUUCCUGAAUCUGUCGGAGUCUCCACUGGAGCUGAGCGGGGAGGACACAAAGCGAGUGGACGGAGACCUGCAGGGAUGUGGACAGUUGGAGACGAGGUGGGUCCUCUGGCGCGAGUUUAUGGAGGAACACGCCCACCUGGACAUUUGGCUGCGAUUGGCCGAACAGGCCGUCGGCUCCCCGAACUCCACCUGCGUUACCUACGCUACCGCCAAGGAGGAACUGAGGAAGUUUGAGAGGCUGCGCCGCGAGGCCGGAUCUCGGCUCGUCCGGCUGGACGGUCUGACCCGGAGGAAUCAAACGCUGACUCUGCUGUUUCUGGGCGCCGCGCGGGCUCGGCUGCUGGCGUCGGCUAGGGAGUGCGGGCGGCGCUGGGACGACGUGAACGCCAAACUGGAGUCCAUCAUAGCACGACUGAAGCUCUUUGUCUCAGAGUGGGAGGGAUUUGAGGCACAGAGGGAGGAGCUGGCUCUCUGGUUGGCUGACCUGGAUGUCCGUCUGACUGAGGUGGAUCACCUGGAUGGAAACACCUGUGAAAAGCUGAGACACCUGCAGUCCUUCCAGAAGUGUGUGUGCGUGAGCUCGGGUCGUGUGAACGCCCUCCUUCAGCGCAGCGAGAUGUUGAUCCCACGCUGUGAGCCAGCAGACGCUCAGCGGAUAGAGAGCCGCCUGCUGGAGCUGCUGCGCUACUGCAGCCACGUCUACAACAACAUCGCACGAACACACACACGGCUGCUCAGCAUGAGGCUGGUGUUUGAGGAGGACUGGACUCUGUCUCAGGCCACAGACUCUGGUUGUCCUUCGGAGACUCUGUUAGAGGACGAGGGAGCGCUUGAUAAGGCUUACCUGGACCUCCCUGCAGUUUCCAACCGUCCUAAAGAUUUCAGCCAAUCAGCUAACUCCACCCAGGCCUUCACCUCACACCUGCCUUCACUUGUGCACCGUCCUCCUUCUCCAUCCUCUCCUACCCAUGAGCACCUGGGGUUGGAGUGGGACCCCUCAGUUGAUAUCGGGCGCUCUGUUUCCUGUGACGACGGCGACUCAUCGUAUUUCAGUGCCUGCGCAGGACUGUGUCACAGAGAUGACCUGAACAGGUGGAGCUGCCUCAGGCCCCUCAGCUCUCAGACUGACAUCAGCAGUGACAUUACAAACCAGGAAGUGGGCUGGGAGAAGAGGCUGGACGGGGACCGGCGGGGGACCUCAACUCCGGACAGACAGGACUUUGAUACAGUCAGCUUUGAUGGCGGGCGAGUGAGGGCGUGGCUGGGAGUCCAGAUCCCAGCCCCUCCAGAGAGGACGACUUCCUGUUCCAAGGCUGUGCAGACUGAUAGAGAGGCUGAAGAGGAGCCGUCCUGCUGUGAAGAUGCUGAGCGUCCUCUCUCUGGACAAAGUGUAACCUCCAGCGGAGCCUCCUCCUCCUCCUCCCCGUGCUCCCCAGCCCUCCUCUGCCUCCUCCUGGCUGCAGCUCUGGCCCUGCUGGCCUGUCUGAUCUGGGUCGUCCCAGAGUCAGCGUGCCAUUGUAGCAGCGGGAUGCCACGUAACUUCCACCUGACACUGAGAUACGUCAACGGGCCCCCGCCUACCUGAAAACCACCCAGAGACUCAGACAGAGUUUGGACGAAGCACUCUCCUCAGACUCUACGGGACAGAGGUUUGACAUCAUGUCCUGUUAAAAAUGUGUUCAUUUCAAUGAACCCACACGUCCAAGCUCAAACAUCACAAACCCGACAGGAAGCUGCAAGAAGAAGAUGAAGAUGAAGAAGAUGAAGAAGAAGAUGGAGAAGAUGGAGAAGAUGGAGAAGAUGGAGAAGAUGAAGAAGAUGAAGAAGAUGAAGAAGAUGAAGAAGACCUCUGUUAAACUUCCACUGCAGCACUUUGGCUUUUUCAGCCCAUUGUCCACUGUUCGUUUCCAACAUCAUCCAUGUGCCCGACUACAAACUGAGCUCACAGCUUGAAGUCAGGCUGCUGUGUCGGUGCUGUAGCACGGGGCAUUAGUUCAUGGUUUUAAUCUACAUGCUAACUCACCACAGCUGCUCCAGUAGGCAGACAUGUCCACACGUGCAGGACGUGUUCAGUCUGUCUGCAGAUGUGGGAGGAUGAUGAUCUGGAGAAAGGUCAGCUGGGAUCUGAUGCAUGUUAAAGAGGCUCGGUGUGCAGUGACCUUUGACCCUUUCCUUCUGAGGAAUUCUAACUGAUUUUCUUGCUGUCGACUUUGUCGUGUCACAGCUUAAAGAAGAUACUGCCUGAUUUAUUAUUUUGUGCUUUAAGUGACUGAAGAGUUUAGUUGAGCCUCCGUCACAGCUGGAUUCACAGGAGGCAGGUCAUCAUUUCCUUCUCCGAUAAAAUAAUGUGUCAGAACUGCAUGCGUGAGGGGAAGAUGUCAGUCCAUGAUGAUGAUGAUGAUGAUGAUGAUGAUGAUGAUGAUGAUGAAGAAGAAGAGGACAUAUGUUUUAAGGCUUUAAAGAUGUUUGACAAAAUAACUAGCUUAUUUCCAGAGUGUUAUGUCUCAGUGUAUUUUGUCUGUAUUUCUCAUUUCCAGUGGGACGACUGAAGAUUCACAGACUCUGUGGAACAAUGACUCAUCAUAUAAUCGCAUUUUUCUAACCAAAAUAUUUUCAUUUCUAUUCUGAAUAAUUUUCAAUCUGUGUUAAAUCUGGAGUUCAGUACAGCCUGGAACGGAAAGUUUGUUAAAACCGUCCACUGUCCUUCCCUGACAGAUCUCGCUGCCACGCACAGACAUUGUAGAAACAAGAAGAGUAGAAACACUGGUACUGAACUUUAAAAAAAAAGUCAUCACUGAACAUUUUGCAGAACUGAACUAUCGUCCAUGGUCUUGUCUCGCUGCAGGUUCGGACCCACAGUUUUUUUCUGGUUCAUCUAAAAUCUUUUUUUGUUUUUUUUGUUGAAACAUUUUCAGCUGAGGUCAAAGUUCACAUGCAAGCUUCAUGUGGACACGGAGUGAUGGAACUUUCCUCGGUUUGACUCAGUAAAUGUGGUGGAAUCCAAAUUCUGAAGCUAAAUCUCUGUUCGUUUUGGUAAAACUUUAGAAUAACGAUCCUUUAUAAGACAUUUAUAAGCUAUUAGUAGAUUAUAAAACCAUUUAUAUCUAAAUUUGUACAUUUAUACAUGAUUUAGACAUUAUUAAAAAUGCUGGGUCAACA